CACCGAAGUCGACGGCGAGAAAAUAUGCCCAGAUGCCCUCCUCUUCGAUCGGCGAUUAGAUCUAGCCAUCGCUUACCGCACACACCUGGGGGGCUUCGUGAAUCGAACAGCGUCAGGGAGGAGCUACCUGCUUCGUCCGUUGCUCCUGCCGACGGAUCUUCCAACGUCGCCGGCAAUCAUGACGGUGGCUGCUCCUCCGAUCUCUGGCUCGGGGAUGGGAGACCUAUUAGAGGCAGCAUUAUAUUUGUUGACCAGUAUAUGGUGAGGAGUUUCUCAAGUUGCAUUGAUUGUGCUGGCUGUAGAUUAUAUAUUGAUUCCGGAGCUGUUGACCAGUAUUCGCUGAGGACUUUUUCCAACUGCAUCAAUUGUGUUGGCUGUAGGUUCUAUACUGCUUCAAAAGCUGUAAGUUAUAAACUUUAUUGUUUUAUAUCUUCAAGUUUACAAUUUUUUAUAUCUCUUUUAAUUGCAAAUUUUUCUUUCUAUUUUGUAGCACAAGUAUAAAAAUUAAGGAUGAAUGUCUAAAAGAUUUUACUUUCCUAAUUAACAUUAUUAAGAUGUAUGCUUCAUAGAUUGAAUAAACUAACACUUAAUUAUUCUAAGAAAACACUACAAACUACAAAUUUACCAAAUAUAUGAAAUAAUAUACCUCCGUGCAACAUGAUUUUUGGGGAAAAAAUUAUAAUUUAGGGGUGAUGGAUAUGCACCUGGAAAAUGUGAUCUAAGUAUCAUUUAUAUCAUUACUUACUGAGAGGUAACCACAACUGCUCUUACCAAAAUAUUUAUGCGAUAUAUGACAAAUGUUACAACUUUCUAUAUUCAUUAUUUAUUUGUGUAUUACUUGAUUUCACCACAUAUUAGCCAUAACUUUUAGCAGCAUGCAAUACAGUAACAAAGAAAGCUAGAUAUCUGGAUGGAUCAUCUUAUAUGUUUCUUAGAUGAAGUUACAAAGACAGGCCGAUAAUUAAUGGAAAGAGCAAGGAUAGUGCCCCAUUACAAAUAGUUUAAAUUUCUUGUAACAAGCUUAUCACUUUGCAACACUAUUAAGUUAUAACCAUUUAAGACGAAGUGGAAAAACCCCCUUAUGCAUUGAUAAUUUACUAAAAUUUAAACAACCAAUACAUGUAUUAAACAAAAUAGCAAUAUAAAUGUAUAAUUAUUAAUAUGUUUACAAUAAAUAUUUAUCAAACAAUAUGUUUAAAAAUAUUUAACAAAAUCUUUAAUAAAUAUUUUUAACAAAGAGACUCGAUAUAUUUAGCAAACAGUAUGUUUAAUAAAUCAACAUACUUAGCAUUUUUUUAAGCAGUUUAACAUUAUUAGUAUGUUUAUUUACGAAACAGUUUUGCACUUAGCAGUAUGAAUUAGUAUAUGUUUAUUGAACAUUAGUGGACAUUUGUUUUUAAAGUUUAAAAUUGUCAUAGCAAGCAAUAAUAUAAACAGGCAACACUAAUACAAAAUCACACAAAAGUCACAAUCCAACCAGGACAAUUUUUAGUUUUAAAAAAUUAAGAAAUUAAAAAAUUAAAGAAAGCACUCACGGCGUCGUGUCGGAGGCUCGGAUCUGGUGGCGAUGGAGCAACUCAGGCCAGGCAGCCAACGACGAGCUGUUGAGCAGACUGCACCAGCCAACACCGAAGUCGACGGCGAUUGGAUCUAGCGAUCGCUUACCACACACAACUGGGGUUUCGUCAAUCCAGAUCUACGGAUCUGUCCUCUGUUUUUGCACUAAAUAUGCACAAGUUUAUUUAUAUAAUAUACACAUAUACAAAUAUACUAACUCACACAUCCAAA